AUGGGUCAGUGGCUAGCGUCCGCAUUCAAGUCGCUCCUGGGGAAGCAGGAGGUGCGCAUCUUGAUGGUGGGUCUUGAUGCUGCUGGUAAGACGACAAUUCUAUACAAGCUUAAGCUCGGCGAGAUCGUCACCACGAUCCCCACGAUUGGGUUUAACGUGGAGACGGUGGAGUACAAGAACCUUAAGUUCACCAUGUGGGAUGUCGGCGGCCAGGAUGUCCUGCGCCCGCUGUGGCGCCACUACUACCAAAAUACAAACGGCAUCAUCUUUGUUGUGGACUCCAACGACAGAGAGCGGAUUGGCAAGGCGCGACAGGAGCUGGAGAAGAUGCUUACAGAGGACGAGCUUCGCAAUUCUAUUCUCCUUGUAUUUGCCAACAAGCAGGAC